CAACUACCCACCAUGUGCGAUUAUAUGAAGAAAAACCCAGCAUCCACCUCUCAUUGUGGCUGCCGUUCUGGCGACUUUAAUCCGAGGAGAAAAGAGAGAGCUCUGUUCUUUGAGAGAAGAAGAUGGAUGGAGUAAAUGGACUGGAGAAGAAGGAGAUGAAUUCGAAGAAGCUGAAGGUGCUCUGCCUUCAUGGCUUCCGAACCGGUGGGAGCUUUUUGCGCAAACAAAUCGGCAAAUGGGAUCCUUCCAUCUUCCAAGAUUUCCACUUGGACUUCCCUGGUGGGAUUUUUCUGGCGGGAGGGAAGUCGGACAUUGAGGACAUAUAUCCGCCUCCAUAUUUUGAGUGGUUCCAGUUCAACAAGGAGUUCACGGAGUACACAAAUUUGGAGGAGUGCAUUUUGUACUUAUGCGAUUACAUGACAAAGAACGGUCCUUUCGAUGGAAUGCUUGGCUUUUCUCAGGGUGCAACAUUAUCGGCUCUUUUGAUUAGCUACCAAGCAAAGGAUUGGCGUAUAAGGAUUCUUACAUUUUUGUUGAAAACUCAGACAACCAAUCAUCCGCCCUCAUGGCGAUAAAGAACCGGUAUGCACAGAAUCCUGCUCACCGUCCUCUUGUCCAACAGAUUGUUCCCCUACAGAACCAAGUCAAUAUUAAAAAUUUACCCAAAAUAUACAACAACCCAGAACCUUCAAAACAAUAAUCUCUCCGGAUCCAAGUUUAGAGGGAGAACCCCCAACUAGAGGGAGAAGAAAAAGUAUAAUAAGAGAAAAGGGAAAGGAAAAAGAAAACCCAAAUAAACUCCCUUUCUCUCUCUCUUCUUCCUUCUUCCCGAUGGAAAGGGGGAAGGUGCCCGGCAGCUGAAGGCCCACGGCCGGCGACGCCCCAUGGUCGCCAGCCCAUGGCGGUGCCGGCAGUGCGCCACGGCCGGCGAUGGCCGGCCGGAACAGAAGAGAAAAAAAAAAAAAGCAAACCGAAACAAGGGAGUUUGGUUCACAUCGAUCCGGCGGCUUGCCGGCUGGAUUCCCAAGGAAUAGUGGCCCACGGCCAAGAGAGAGGAAGGAGAGGGACCUCACCUCACCUCCGGCGAGCUCCUCCGGCAAGCCCGACGGCGAACAACCCAAGCUUCUCACGGAUCUCCUUUUUUUUUCUCUUUUUUUUUUUUUAAAGAGCUCUCGCUUGAUGCCCUAGGAGGAGAGGAAUAGAUUCUUUUAUAGAUGGAGAUUGAUGCAAAUUAGGUAGGAUUUGAUCCCGUCUCCCUCUCUUUUUUUUUUUUUUUGUUUCCUCUUCCGGUGGAUUCAUGGAAAGAAUUGAGACAGGGGAGGGAAGGCUCUGUUCGGGAGUCUCCCUCCCAUUCUUUUGUGUCGGGCCAGCCCAAGCGCCAAAAAAAGAAUGUGGGCCCUUACACAGACAUUCUGCUUUGGAUCAGCAUCAAAAAAAUACAAAACAAAAAUAUAUAUGCUCAAGACCCCAAAACAAACUCAGCCAACCAAACCACAAGCCUCGAGACUAGCUACGUAACUCCUCUCUCACAGCAGAGCAAUUCCGGUCCUUCUGAGAGCACUUGGUUUCUUUCUAACCUUAUUACCAAACAUAUAACAGCCUCAUCGAAACAGAACUGGUCCAAAUUUGACCGUUGCAUUAUAUUAGUUGUUCUGGGAAAAAAAUUACAGUUCAGCGAAACUAACCAUGCUUCUUCAGGCAUUAAAAUUUGACCGUUGGCUACCGAAAUCUUAAAUUCGAAUUAGAGAUCGCGUGUCAUGAUACAGCUGCAUCCGAAAUCGUUGGAAACCCAGAUUAAUUAGGAUUCACCGAAGCCCUCUCGGGAUAUAACAUCAGAAAACAAGAAAGAAGAGAGUAUUCGAGCAGUUCAGAAAGGAGAAACCAAGAAAGAGAGAGACGAGAAAGAUAGAAGAGGGUCUCCGAGCAGUUCCGAGAGGAGAAAAGAAGAAAGGAGACAGAGAGAGAUGUCGAAGGUUGAGACUCAUCAUCUUGGUGACACGGUCAUCCAGCUUCAAGCCCAUGGAGUCGUGCAAGCCCGACCCCAGGUGGUCGUCCAUCUUCGUGUCACCGAGUUCGACGACGUGUACAUCUCCCCGGAGGUGAUCUCCUAUCGCUUCUUUCUGGGCCGGUUCUCGCUGCCCCGAGCCGUGCCUGCGAUCGUCUCAUUCGUGGCAUCCAACCUCGAUGCCAAGAUUCGGCAACUUUGCGAGCGUCGCCUUCUCCGCUUUGCUUCACAACCCGCGGUAGAGUUGGCGACUGGAUCAUCUCUCGUGCUGCUCAUCGACAUCGGCACGUUCUUGGCACCCGGCUGCGCCCAAGACUCUGAAGACAUCGACGAGUGGAUGCUUGAUAUGCCUCUGCAGGAGGAGGAUAUCCCCUUCGUGCACGAUUACUAUCUAGGCGAAGAAGGUGGAUUUGGCGGCGUGCCGGCAAGGAAAUCUUUCAUCGAGAGUCUGGGGUGGUCGCUGUAUGGUCGAGGAGAGGGUGUUCGGGAGGAGGAAUGCGUGAUAUGCCUGGAGGACUUCGAUGCCGGAGCAGAAGUGAGCAUGACGCCGUGCUCCCACUCCUUCCACCGCCGGUGCAUCACCCAGUGGCUGGAAAAGAGCCAUCUCUGCCCCAUCUGUAGAUACCGCAUGCCCGCCUCCCGCUCCCAUCGAUAGGACCAGCCCAUGAUGCAGUUUGUUUCUUUGGUAUUUGAUUUAUUUUAUCCUUCUAGCUAGGUAGUUGUUUAUAUGAACAUUGUGUGCAUAAGAUUGACCUAGAAAACGAUUUGUAUACAAAUACAGUGAUUUGAUCUUGAAUUAAUCAAUGAAAGUCUCAGAUUCUUUUUCA